AUGCCAAUGAAACUAGAAGGAAGUUGCCAAUGCGGCCUCGUGGAAUUCUCCCUAGAAUCCCAUACUCCCGCUCCAUAUCAAAUUUGUGCAUGUUCCAUCUGUCGUAAAUGUGGCGGAUAUGGGGGGUGUGUCAAUCUCGGUGGUAUCGCCUCUACUCUCCAAAUUACCAAGGGAGAGAAAUAUAUCAAAAAAUACACCGCGAUCUCUGACCGGGGCAAACCGACCGCCAAGCAAUGCACUUCUGAACGUAACUUUUGCAGCGAAUGUGCAUCGAUGCUCUGGCUAUGGGAUAAAACAUGGCCGGAAUUAAUUCAUCCGUUUGCGAGUGCGAUUGAUACGGAAUUACCGGUAGUGGAGGAAAUGGUUUGUGUGAAGGGGGAUAGUAAGCCGGAAUAUGUGAGGUGGCCUGAGGGGAAGAAGAAGGUGUAUGAGGGGUAUGGGGAGUUCAGUAUUGAGGACUGGCAUAAAGAAAAUGGGGUGUGGGUUGAGUGA